GGAACGUCAUCAUUAGGCGACAAGUCAGCUGAUGGGGUUCCCUACACGACUGUUGUAUUGUAUAAUAGUUGGCUGUAGUUAGACAUGUAUAUAUCGUAAAUUUGGUAUAAAUAUAAUAUACGAUAUCUAAUUUAUCCUUAUUUUUAAGGGUACAAUGUAGUUCUGCUUUAACGCACUUUUUAUUUGGUUGGAGUACACGGAGGUUCGCUAACUGUCCAUCUCUAUCAGCUAAGUGCUAACUGCUAACAGCUAGAUUCAUUGUGUUGAUUCUCUACAUAUAACCCUGAACGCCAUGGCGAAUUCAUUUACACUUGGUGAAAGAUUUCAUGAGAAGAUAAAAGAGUUAUUGGAGAAAAAAUGCUGUAAUUCACCGGAUCUCCUUGAGGAAUUAAAAGCACUUAAAGAGCAGAACAUCAUCUCAUUCAGGACUGCCAGGAAACUGCAGAAACUUCUUCAGCAAAAUGGAUAUCCAGUUUACCUUCAUGAGCUGUUUGAAGACAGCAUGCUUCAUCUUCCAAAGGUGGAGCCGCCUCCCAGAAACCCUCAGUUAGUGGCUCGUCUGGAGAAGAUUAAAGCAAAACUGGCAAAUGAAGAAUAUAGGAGAAUCACACGGAAUGUGAAUCCUCAGGAAAUUAAAAAUCAUGGAACCCUAGCAGACUUUGGAAGACAAGUGCGAUCUGUCAAAGCGGUCGUUGUUACUGUGUUUAAUUUCUUGGUAACGGUGGUUGCAGCCUUCACUUGUGCCUACAUGGGUAGUCAGUACGUCUUCACAGAAACUACUGCGAGAAUAAUAUCUGCAGUGAUUGCAGCAUCUGUGGUUGGUCUAGCAGAGCUUUACGUCCUGGUUCGCACUAUGGAGGGUGACUUGGGAGAGCCGUAACACCAGCCAACACUGGAAAAAGCUCAUUAUUUCCAGGACAUUGUCAAGAACCAUACUAGACUGUAUUUAAUCCUAAUUUUCCAUCUGGAAAGGAAGGGAGAGCUUCAAAAUAAAGAUUUUUCAGUUUACCCCAGAAAGAUGGAGGCUCUCUAAUAAUCAUAUGAAUUCUGAUCGCAAGUGUGCACCUACAAACCCUUGUGUUUCACCUAAGAGUUAUAAUAUUAUUGUAAGAAUGUAAUGGAUGUGUUUGUGUGUGAGAAUUUAUUUGUAUAUAUUAUUAUCAUUAUGACAGUCUACAUGCAGCAAAUCUUAUUAAGCUGACUCUCAGGAUUAUGGAGUUCAGUUUAUGUCCACUAGAUGGUACAUAAGUCAUACAAAAGGUGCCAGUAGACUGGCAUAUUAUUUUGUAAAGCUGGAUUAAGGCUACUGUAGUAAUGAGUAUUCAUGUUAUUUUGAUUAGGAGACAUAAGCAUGAGAUACAUCAUUGAUUUGGUCCUGGUUAAACAGAUGUACAAUAACAGAUCAGGAUCAGCUUUAUGCGGGUGAAGUUUUGUCCCAGAAAAAUCCCCGAAAACUGUAAAUUCUGCCUGAUCCACUGUGGGUUACUGAGGAUUGUUUUCAUCAGAAAUGUUUAAAGCUCUUAAAAUUGUAUGAUGUCUGAUUUCAAAAAAGAGUUUUUGUACUUUGAAUUUUUCAUUUCAAUAAAUAUUUCAGGGUGACACACA